AUGACGCGCGAUUUCAAACCCGGAGACCUCAUCUUCGCCAAGAUGAAAGGGUAUCCUCAUUGGCCGGCUCGAGUAGAUGAAGUUCCUGAUGGAGCUGUCAAGCCACCCACAAACAAACUACCCAUUUUCUUUUUUGGAACUCAUGAGACUGCGUUUUUAGGCCCAAAAGAUAUAUUUCCUUACUCGGAAAAUAAGGAAAAAUAUGGCAAGCCAAAUAAGCGAAAAGGUUUUAAUGAAGGUUUAUGGGAAAUAGAUAACAACCCAAAAGUGAAAUUUUCAAGUCAGCAGGCCUCAACGAAGCAGUCUACCGCAUCAUCUGAUGUUGAAACUGAAGAAAAGGAAACGAGUCUCGUUUCCAAGGAAGAUACUGACCAGGAAGAAAAGGGCAGCAAUGAGGACAUGACUAAAGAAAUUGAUGUAACUACUCCGAAAGCUGCCAGAAGAGGGAGAAAGAGAAAGGCAGAAAAGCAAGGAGAAACUGAGGAAAGUGCAGCAGUGACCCCAGCAGUAGCAUCCGUUCAUCUGAAAGCAAGUCCAAAACGAGGACGGCCUGCAGCUACAGAAGUCAAGAUUCCAAAACCACGAGGCAGACCCAAAAUGGUAAAACCGCCUUGCCCUUCAGAGAGUGACAUGGGAACCGAAGAAGAGAAAAGUAAGAAAAAGGGGCACGAGGAGAAACAACCUAAAAAGCAGCUGAAAAAGGAAGAAGAGGGCCAAAAGGAAGAAGAUAAACCAAGAAAAGAGCCAGACAAGAAAGAAGGGAAGAAAGAAGUAGAAUCAAAGCGGAAAAAUGUACCCAAAGCAGGGGUUGCAUCCACUUCUGAUUCUGAAGAAGAAGGAGAUGAUCAAGAAGGGGAAAAGAAGAGAAAAGGUGGUCGGAGCUUUCAGACUGCUCCCAGGAGGAACGUGCUCAAAGGGCAGCAUGAGAAGGAAGCGACAGAGCGGAAACGCAAGCAGGAGGAGCCAGUGGAGACUGAGCAGCAGAAUAAAGAUGAAGGAAAGAAGCCAGAAGUUAAGAAAGUGGAGAAGAAGCGAGAAACAUCAAUGGAUUCUCGGCUUCAAAGGAUACAUGCUGAAAUUAAAAAUUCACUCAAAAUUGAUAAUCUCGACGUGGACAGAUGUAUUGAGGCCUUGGAUGAACUUGCUUCACUUCAGGUCACGAUGCAACAAGCUCAGAAACACACAGAGAUGAUUACAACACUGAAAAAAAUACGGCGAUUCAAAGUUAGUCAGGUUAUCAUGGAAAAGUCUACAAUGUUGUACAACAAGUUUAAGAAUAUGUUUUUGGUGGGUGAAGGAGACUCUGUGAUCACACAAGUGCUGAAUAAAUCUCUUGCUGAACAAAAACAGCAUGAGGAAGCAAAUAAAACCAAAGAUCAAGGAAAGAAAGGGCCAAACAAAAAGAUAGAAAAGGAGCACACAGGUUCCAAGACAGUAAAUGGAGGCUCGGAUGCACAGGACAGUGGGCAGCCCCAGCACAAUGGUGAUAGCAGUGAAGAAAGCAAAGACCAGCACGAAGCCAGCGCUAAGAAAAAUGAUUGAGUGGACACAGUGCCUGCCGUUCCUUUCCCUUGAGAAAAUAAAACCCCUAACCCUCCUCGCCACACCCUUCUCUGUCCUCCAGGACGUCUCGCGAAGAGAGAGAGGAGAGCUAUCUGUGAGCGUCCACACUGGGAGCUAGGCGGGAGCACGUGGACCACAGGAACUUGAGACGUUUGUAAUGGUUUUCAUGGGGAAUUAUUUAGACUGCUGAGAAAUGAAAGUUUUAAAUUUUUAUACGCAUAGGUUUUGGUGUGAAAAACUUGUUUUGGGAGGACAAAAUCCCAUUAUCUUUGUUUGAAAUUAAAACAUUAUUGCUAAUUAUACUAUUUGUGCAGUAUUAACAGCUAUAAUAAAGAGAAAGUGUGGGUGGUAGAGGGGAAUCCAUUUAGAAACCAUGAAGCUGCUUUUCCAGACAGGAAGGUUGUAGCAUAUUUUCACUUAGUGUGUAAGUUAAUGUGUAAUUGAUAGUAAAGUUACAUUUUUAAAAGCGAUACUUGUAUACCUCCCCCCCACCGCCCUAUACUGUAGGUUUUUGUGCAGUUUUUUACAUGUCAGAUUUCCCAGAUUUUCUCCUCACUGUUCCUGGGUUCUGUAGAACUUGAGCAUUUUUAUGGUAGCUGAAGUGUUACUUCUCUGUAAGUACUCACUCCCUCCUUUUAUCAAAAGGUCAUUUUAAUCUUAGUCUGCAUUGUGCUACACUAUACUGCUUCUUUGUCACAAUGUGUGUGAUCUGUAUACCUUUUUGUAUUUUGUAAGGUACACAACUCAUGUUAAUUUUUGAAUAUAACUUAGUUUUGUGGCUGGGAAUUCAGUGAGCUCUCGUGACUCGUCCAGCAAAGAGCAGAGUGGGCAUGUACUGGAAUGAAUAACUAUUAACCAUUUUCCUUGUAAUCAACCACGUCAGAUCCUUUAUACAUACUAGUAGCUAAAAUUGAAAACUAAAUGAUAAAAGUUUAUUUUUGAGGACUGUCUCAAGCUUAUUUUUUAAGGUCACUCAUUGAGGAAUUCACUGAAAAAGUUGUUUUUUUUAAUUGGAAAUCAAUGUCUAAUGCUUAUGCAAUAAAAAUACUAUAUAAAAAUCUAACCUAUUUGGAAACAUGACUUUAGAAGAUAGUUUUUAUGUUCAUUUUUAUCAUGUAUGACAGGGGUUACAAAGAGUGCACACCACACACACACAGGGCACAGAUUGCUUGAGGCAGUUGACGGUGACUUGGUACUUAUACUCAUUGAGCUAAGUCAGGUCCAGCUAACGUUAACAUUCAGUUUAAAGCGGCAUUUAACUAGAGGCUGUUAGCGUUCUAUUUUGACUAUUUCAGUUAGAGGGUUGUUUCAACAGCUUAAAAGGCACUUCACACAUUUUCUAAGAGUAUCGUGGGGAAAUGGGGUUAAGAGUUAGAAUGGUAACUCUGGUUUAUAAGUGGUUGGUAAGCACUGUAUAUUUUAAACUCAUGGAUAAUUGUUUUGUCUAUGGAUGAAAAGUUUGAAUCUUCAAUCAUUGGGAUUUUACAUUCAAAUAGUCUUAUAAUGAAAAGAGGGCCUGUUUGAUGGAGCUCUGCUAUAUUAGAUAUAUUUGGAUUUGGACAGAUUUGUUCUAGUUAAGCCAUAAGUGUCAAUGUGUAAACUUGUUUUGAUUAAAAAUGUUUUUAUUAAA